GUAACUCUUCCACAUUAACGAGUACUCAACCCAACUUCUCUACCUCACGAUCAACGGCUCUGUCUUCACACGAUGUGCCCACGGACUAUAAGGAAAGUCACUACGGGAAGAUUAGUGUUCGUGAGUCUUUGGCCAGUUUGCGGGCCCGAAAGGCAAUGCCCCACCUGGGUCCACCAUUUCCCAGAGUUCCCGCGGCUCGCCACGAUCUAUCUGCGAAUGCUACGUCCGAAUACGAACGCGUUUCCAGUUCGGCAAGCGACACGAACACUUCCGUCUAUGACUUUCUCCCGCAGGCCUCAGCUUCUAAGGAGGCAGCACCGGAUGCCCCACACAUCCUCGGUCCGAUCAAAAAAGAAGCUCGGUUUGAUCAGCUAGUUGACGCCUACGCCGAAACCCCGUGUGUUUCCUCCAAACCUGAAUCUCAGGUGGCUUCUUUACGUUCACCUAAUUACCCGAAUCAUCGCCAUCAGGAUUUCAGUGCCGUCUUCGUUAACUCCUUUGUUCGAACUCAGGAGCCAAGUACCCAACCUGAAAUAACCUUCUCUCACAUUCUCACUGAGAUGCGUGCAUUUCGUCACGUAGACAGCGAAGGUACGUGA